AUGCCCGCCCCGUACUCUGACAACCUCUACUCGGCCGACGACGAGUCCGAGGCCCUGUCGCCUACUGAUGGUUACUUCCACGCGUCGUCGGCGUCAUCACGUCCGCGGCCCCUGGUGCCGAAUGUCCUCGUAGAGGAUCCUACCCUUGCGAGCCGCGAGUCCAAGGCGUGGGAGGCCGAGAGGGAGAGACGGUUAUUAAACAGCGAUGACGCCGGCGCAUCUUCCAGUGACACCAGACCUAUGGCUUCGCCUUCGAUUCAGCACGAGGCUCCUCCUGCUUACUCACCUUCUUCGACAAAUUACUCGACGUUUUCGCCAAUGGGUCAAGUGCAGGAGCAGUAUCCUCGGGUAGAGGAGCAACAACCUCUGUUGUCUCAUGGACCCGAGUCUAUGAGUAGUCCUCCCCAUGAGGAACCAUCACGAUGGAGACGACUAAAGACGUCUGUCGCAAAGGCCAACCUGCGAAGAAAGUUUAGAACCAUUCUUGGUACUUUUGUCAUUAUAUCCAUCGUCUUUAUUCUGCUUGGCAUUUUCUUUGAUGACUCUUCUGAUUGGGAACCUCCCGACUACAUCAACGAUGGCCCUAUUGGGAGUCACGGCGAGUUCACAUGGAAUCCCUCACGGGUAUGCCUCGAUACUCCACACAGCUUUCCCAAGACCACGACGUCCUUGAAAUUUGACCGUACGAGCAACCUCGAGAUUGUACAGACGGUUCAAAGGGAUCGUGGUCAUAGAGGCGCAAGACCUCACGUCUCUGGGGAAGUCAUCCUGCAACCUGCAAAGGAUAGCUCGUCUGCGGCAAUUGAGCUGCAAGUCAUCUCCAAUGACAAGAAUCUUGGAGUCCAUGUCCACUUUGAUGAGAAGACGCAGCUGUUCAAGAUGAUUACGCCGGAUACGAUAGACUGGGACUCGAGCCAAGCACCCUGCAUCCAGAUCCGCGCAACUGUCUGGGUGCCUCAAAAGUCUAUCGUCAAUGCCCUCAAGAUCAACACUAUUCAUCUCAACGUUGACGUCGAGGCAGGUUUUGACUUGCAGGUUCUGAAGAGCACUGUUAUCCGCAGCGCCAUCGGACACAUCAACACGCCAGCCGUGGCUCCCAAGAAAGCAGCAGUGCCUUAUACACUGUCAUCCCGCGAGAUCAACAUCCACACAGCUAGCGGAAAAGUCAAGGGGUGGUAUCCGCUAUACGACCUCCUCGACAUUGACACCGUCUCGGGCGACAUCACUGUAAACGUCGGACCCAAGCCAGCAGAGGGUGAAAAGCCAGCUUCACUCCGCGUGCACUCUGCUUCUGGACAAAUCGAGGUUCACGAGCCUUUGAGUCAGCCCAAGGAUUCACUCCCGCCUCGGGACUACGUCGUCAACGUCGGCACGGCAUCUGGAGACAUCACAGCCGAGGUAGCAGCAAGUUCCCACGCAAGAUUCGAGUCCCAAUCGGGAGACUUCAAACUCCGCAUCCUACCCGUCCUAGAAUCGUCAACAAGCCCAGCCUUAGAAACAGACACAAAGAGCGGAACCUCUCAAGUAACCAUACUAGAGCCCCUCUGGAUAACCGCCAUUGGCGAUGAGACACCGGCCUUGUCAGCCCUAAAGUCCAAGCACAGCUCCAUCAGCGGAACCAUCAAGCUCCAGUACCCAUCGUCGUGGGAGGGCCACGUCUUUGCGCAGACGGUCUCGGGGUCGCAAGACAUCCGCGGGCGAGGGCUGGAGGUGACGCACGAGGGCGGGCCGUUUGCUCGACGCACCCGGGGACGCAAGGGAGAUGGGAACUCGCAGAUGGAUGUGAGUAGCGUGUCUGGGGACGAGUCUGUCUUGGUGGGUGAAGAGUAA